AUGGAAGUGGCCAACCUGAGCCGAGGGACUGAGUUUGAGCUUUUGGGGCUCACCAGGGACCCCUGGCUCCAGAAGCUUCUCUUCGUGGUGUUCCUGGGCAUGUACACUAUCACACUGCUGGGGAAUCUAAUCAUGUUUCUUCUGAUCCAUGUAAGUGCCACGCUGCACACACCCAUGUACUCCCUCCUGAAGAGCCUCUCCUUCUUGGAUUUCUGCUACUCCUCCACAGUUGUCCCCCAGACUCUGGUGAACUUCUUGGCCAAGAGGAAGGUGAUCACCUAUCUAGGCUGCGUGGUUCAGAUGUUUUUCUAUGCGGGUUUUGCCACCAGUGAAUGUUAUCUCAUUGCUGCCAUGGCCUAUGACCGCUAUGCGGCUGUCUGUAACCCCCUGCUCUACCCAAUUGCCAUGUCUCCUACGGUCUGUGCCUCUCUGAUUGUGGGAUCCUAUGGUGCAGGAUUUCUUAAUUCUCUGAUCCACACAAGCUGUAUCUUUAGUCUGAAAUUCUGUGGUACUCACGUGGUCACUCACUUCUUCUGUGAUGGACCACCCAUCCUGUCUCUGUCUUGUGAGGACACCUCACUGUGUGAAAUCUUGCUCUUCAUUUUUGCUGGUUUCAACCUUUUGAGCUGUACCCUCACCAUCUUGGUCUCCUACCUCUUAAUUCUCAUCACCAUCCUGAGAAUGAACUCAGCCCAGGGCAGGUUCAAGGCCUUUUCCACCUGUGCUUCUCACUUCACUGCUGUGUGCCUCUUCUAUGGCACAACACUUUUCAUGUACCUGCGCCCCAGGUCCAGCUACUCCCUGACCCAAGACCGCACAGUUGCUGUGGUCUACACAGUGGUGAUCCCACUGCUCAACCCCCUUAUCUACUCUUUGAGAAACAAGGAUGUGAAAGAAGCUUUAAGAAAAGUUUGGGAAAGAAAAAUAAUGGAAUGA